UUUCAUUUCCCCCACACUAGGACGUACACUGCCACGGGGAUUACUGUCUAUGUAAUGCUGCAUAGUUGUUAGGAACAAAAAUUCCCCUUUUCAAGUCACAAGGAUUGCAAAGAAGACAAAAAAUUGCGUUAGCAAAGGCGAAAUGAAGUGCCCAGCUAGCUUCGAGGAACAGCGGGCCCCGUGCAGCACUGAAAAAGCUGCCGCCGACUUUAAGAUGCCUGCCCUAAAAAGCUUUUCACGGAAGGAAUGCGUCGACAUCGUAGUCAAGCCUCAGUUGUCUCCUGGUUUGACCCGCGACAGCGUAUCUUUGAAUAACAACAGGGGUGUCCACAACAAAGAGAACAACAAAAAAGAACAUGACAGAAUACUGAACGAGGUGUCAUUGAACUGUGAGGAAUUUGAGGACAGUGGUUACCUAUCCUUGCAGAACAGCCUACUUGAGAAAGGCGAUAAGAGCUAUGAAUCAGAAGAGAAUCUAGUAUCAACUUGCUUAGGUCAGGAGGAUCUGGAGAGGUACACUUCAUCUACCCCUUCUGCCAAAAACCCCAGUGACUCACACCUCCCUAUACUUAAGUUCCAGCAGUCUGUGUGUCAGGAACUCAGAAAGACCUUCAGCAGGACCAAGAGCUAUGACUGGACAAUCAUUAGCAAGCUGGCCAAGGAUUUUAACCUGGAUAGAGUCAUUGGAGGACACAUGGGGCGGGAGUGUGUGGAUGUAUUCACAGCCUUGCUGGAAAGAGACAUGAGACACAUCCUCACAAGGAUCCUGGGGAUGCUUGGAGAGGUGGACUUGAUCCACUGCAAAAUGGUAAGCCGAACCUGGAGAAGAAUCAUCCUUCAGGACAAGGCUGCACUCGCCAGAUGCCAGGAGGCAGAACAGAGAUUUGAGGACUCUAGAAAUGCUCGAGGACUGGAGAAUGGGGAUUGUCUGACGCGCAGCGCCGCCCUGUCCAGGGUGGUGCUGUCCUGCAUACAGACCGUAGCCUCCACAUCUGCCCAGCGAACCUCCAAGAGGAGUCCGUUGCAGAAAGAUUGCACUCCCUCAACCCGCAACUCUCAUGCCACACGCUUCAGGGAAUACCAGGAGGUUGCCAGUUCCCUUAAGCAGCACGAGUCUCUGAAGCACUGCAAGCUGUGUGGCUCCCCCGCCAAGCACAACGCCCGCGCCCUCCGUGCCACCUGCACCCGGCAAAGCUGUGCCUUCGACUUCUGUACCAUGUGCCACAGCCACUUCCACGGUUCCUCGGCCUGUCGCACCAUCCUGUCCCACGGGCCAGGCAGCAGCACGUCCAGGGACAAAGCCAUUCUGAUAGGCAGUGCCCGCAGCAAGAAGAACGUCAGACGGCUGUGAAACCAACCAUGUGUCUUUUUAACCUAAGACUCUCAAAAGAAUGAGCCAACGAUUAUUGGAGUUUUAUUCAAGGACCUUUUCUUUUAGCUUAAUCAGUGCUCACUCCUGUGGCCACCUGCCGCAGACUAAACCCAAAGGGAGCUCUCUGUGGAAUACACGUAUUCUGGGACAAUCAGGUUUUACUUGCGCCAGUUUACUGCCGUUCUGUCGUCAAGAAACGACAAUCAUC